GGGAUUUUUCCUUUACAGUAGGUUGCGGUCAGGAUCAAAGGGGAAGAGUUGGGCUCAGGGUCACGUGGUGUCACCACAGGCCGACCCGUGGAAGUUGCAUCCUGGAUAGCCCGGGCUGCGCUACUGAAGAGCUCCGAGCUAGAGCUCGGCCGAGCCUCCCGCCCGGAUCCCGGGCAAAGACCGCCCAAAACCUGGUGCUGACCUUCGUCUGCACCGCUCUAUGGUGACCCGAAUCUCCGCUGCCCGAGUUGCAGCGGCUGUGCACCCCAAGGACUGCCAGAGCGCCCGGGAAUCUGCAAGCCUGGGGCCUGGAUUCUCUUCAGAGACUCAUACUGAGCGGUAGAACCUGUGAAGGGUAAAGGAUUGGACUCAUUGACUUGAUUCGCUCUUCGUCCACUUGUGUUAUAUACUGAGAGAGUCCCAAGAAGCAACUGUUCACUCUGAGAAAAGAAGCCACCAUGAUUGACCAAAACAAGAAGUAAUCCACGUGAUCACAAGAUGAGUCAGGAUGGAUCCUGAAGCUGUGGAACUGGAGAAGCGACAUGUGCACAGUGUGUACGAGAACACUGCCCCCUACUUCACUGACCUGCAGAGCAAAGCCUGGCCGCGUGUCCGCCAGUUCCUGCAGGACCAGAAGCCAGGCAGCCUCGUCGCUGACAUUGGUUGUGGAACUGGAAAGUAUCUUAAAGUGAAUAGCCAAGUCCAUACUCUGGGCUGUGACUACUGUGGGCCUCUGGUAGAGAUUGCCCGGAAUAGAGGGUGUGAAGUCAUGGUAUGUGACAACCUUAAUCUUCCCUUUAGGGACCAGGGCUUCGAUGCUAUCAUCUCCAUAGGAGGUAAGGCAGCCAGGCUUUCAUACUUUGCCAUGAAAAAAAAAAAACCCACAAUCAGACAACUCACAUGACUCAAUGUCCAUUCUGUAUAGAGGUCUAUGCAAUGCAUUUUGUCUAAAUUUAAAAUAUACACACUCUGUCGCAUGACUUAUUUGACUCCUGCCUAAUACAGUUAUGAUAUGUAAGCGGUUUUAACUUUCAACUUUCAGGCUGUUAUUGUGUUAUUUUUGAUGAUUUGUUCCCAUGUGUUUCGCUACAUGCAAGAAGGGUGUCGGAGCGCCUACUCAUUGAAAAUGUACUUUGCUAUAUUGAGAUCAGGUCAGAUCCUCCUGACACAAAGGGGAUUAUUCAGGUUUCAUGUUAACAAAAACAGACUACAGCAGUGUCCUUGAAUUUCAACAGAAAAUUCUAGAACUAAUGUAUUAAACAUCCCCCCGAACAAGUAUGCCAUCCACUGCUACUCAAGUUCCCGGAAAAGGCAGACCCUACCUGGUCCCAGAUUUCAUUGUCUUAGCAUGUCUUUCUGUUCCUAAUUCUAGAAUUUGUUGAUGAAUCUAGGGAAUUUUUUUUCUCACAUUUCACAAGCCUCCCCAGGAAACUCCAUGCCAAAGUGAACAAAACAACAGGAAUAUCAGCAAAGUCCAUGCCUGGAACACGCACAGAUGCAUGAGACGUAGCUCAUUUUACGCUGUACUACUUACUAGGAAACCCUGUACUAAAGUAAUCCCCUAGCCAGGCAGGGUGCUACACACCUUUACUCUCACUCAGCAUUUGGGAGACAGAAACGAGUGGAUCUCUGUGAGUUGAAGCCAGCCUGGUCAACAUAGCAAGCUGUAGGACAUCCAAGACUACACGGAAAGACUUUGUCUGAGAAGUCCAAAAACUAGAAACAAACGACUCUUCUGAUAAGUUCUUUUCAGUGGUAACAUCUUUUGCAAAGCAAAUUACUUGAUUGAACACAUUUUUUUAAUUAGCCUUUUGACAUAACAAACUUUAUCAAACUAUCAAAAUAAGGUGAUCUUAGGGAAGUUGACUACCAUUCAUUUUAUAUAGAUAGAUAGAUAGAUAGAUAGAUAGAUAGAUAGAUAGAUAGAUAGAUAGAUAGAGAUAGAGAUAGAGAUAGAGAUAGAGAUAGAGAUAGAGAUAGAGAUAGAGAUAGAGAUAGAGAUAGAGAUAGAGAUAGAUAUAGAUAUAUAAUACUUUCUUGAACUAGACAAGAGGUUGUUAGGUCUCCUCAGAUGGGAACUGUAUCUUUGCAUAGUGGGAAGACACAGGCCUGGAUGCCAUAACUUUAGAAACGGUCAGGAACAGUGAAAGAUGGUUGCCAUGGGAACCUCCCUUAUGCUGUCUUUCUUCUCUGCACUUGAGACUAUUAGGUGCCUUUUGUGGUAAGCCUUAGUCCAUGCAGGCUGCUAUAACUAAGCAUCACAGACCCCUGUGUUUUAAACAAUAGACUUUUAUUUCUUCCCUCAAAGAACCAGGCAUGCCAGCUCCUUGAGAGGGCUUGCAGAUGCCUACAGCCUCCAUCCCUUUUUGCUGAUUCCCUGUCUGACAGAGGUAGAGGCUGAAGAUCAAUCUCUUCAUAUGAUGGCAGUAAUCCAGUCAUACAGGACCACACAUGAGCCUAGUGAUUUCCCAAAGGUCCCAUUGCCUAUGGACAUAGUCUUUGUUGGAGUGACACAGAUGUGUUAAAGGGCUCAUUUUGACCUAAGCAACACAAUGCUGAACUCUGAAUCUUUAGUGGGAAAACAUUUUUAUUUAAUCACCUUUCUAAAGAACUAAAAAUUACAGAGACUUUAGGAGAAAGAUAGAGUAUUUGUGCUCAUAAGCACAAAGCUGUUUAUGUUGGUUUUGGAGUCCACAAGGCUCCUAUCCCAGCACCACUCCGCUACUGUGACAGAGUGUGUAGUGUUGACUCCUUAUCUGCUUUUCAGAAAUGUGCCAUGUUCCUAUGUUCUCAGCUUAAAGGUCCCACCUUUCCCUUAUAGAAAAUGGAGGAUGCUACACUCUCAUUUGUGUCUGUUCCAAAGCUUAUGUUAGAAUGUGUCACAGCUCUUCUGAAUGUAUGAAGCCUGUUAUAGAAGUGAGUUCAUUAUCACAAGGAAAGUCCCUAAACAAGAGAGUUGGAGAGAGAUUGGCACAACUUUUUCCAAGGAGAGGUGAACCCCAGAUAGGGCAUCUAGUACAGUCAGGUUUCUGAUAGGAACAUGGGAAGACUUACUUAUUACUUUCAUGUCUCAAAGGCAACUUGCCACUGAAAAAUUCCCACCAAACAUAGCUUAUAACUCAUGGAUAAGUGUCACAAUGUAUAACUCAUGGAUAAGUGUCACAAUGUAUAACUCAUGGAUAAGUGUCACAAUGUGUAGGCAGCUUCGCUAAAGAGUCUCCUCUCCCCCAGCAACUGCUUACUCUUUGUAUAGUCUCAGUGAGCGGCUUAUAAGUCUUGUAAAUUUUGUGAACUUCUAGUUUUCCAGGGUCUCACACUGCACCUUCCUUGAAGUUUUCAAUUCAGAGGAAAUAUCUGUGUAACAGUGAGCUUGGCAGAGUGUCCCCCUCAACUCCCCAUGCCUCACUCAGUGCUCUUUAUCAUUUGUGCCCUAAGCUAUAUCAGGAGGCAGCCUGAAGGUCCUCACCUAUGCUGACCCGCUGUUUUGAAGAAUUAUGCUCAACUGGAAACACGACCCGAAUAGUCAUACAUCAUUUUUCUACAAAAGAAAGAAGAAUUAGAGCAAUAAAGGAAAUGGCCAGGGUUUUAGCUCCCGGAGGCCAGUUGAUGAUUUAUGUCUGGGCAAUGGAACAGAAGAACCGACGCUUUGAGAAACAGGAUGUACUUGUGCCGUGGAACAGGGCACUCUGUUCCCGGCUGCUGUCAGAAUCCCACCAGUCAUGGGGUCAUCACUGUGAGCAUCCCAGGAGCCGAGGCUUCCAGGGCCCCGGUUCCGUGUGCGGCUGCGCAGUGUGUUUUAAGGGCAGAUGUGAUUCCAAACGGUCCCACAGCAUGGACUAUGGGUCUGCGGUGGCCAGAACCUGCUGCGAAGCUAUUUCAAAGGAAGGCGAGCGAGAGAACGGAUUGUAUAGCAAUUUUGGGAAAUCCUUUCGUUCCUGGUUUUUCUCCAGGUCUUUGGAUGAAUCAACCCUGAGGAAGCAAAUUGAAAGAGUCAGGCCCAUGAAAAUCCCAGAGGCUUGGGCCAAUAGCACCGUGUCCCAACAGCCUUCCAGACACCCCAGCUUAGACUUGCACGCUCCGGAGCCAUUUUCAACAAAAGGACCAAACUUAGAUGAGGUGUUCGUAGACACAUCUUCUCAAAGACACUUGGGCUGGCUGAGAACACCUGGCACAUCAGACAACUUCAGUGGACACAAGGGAGGAGGGAGCAGGAGGAAGGAGGGGGGCAAUUUUCUGGACAUCACUGAUACCGGGGACAGUGUGGCUGCUAGUAACAGCAGUGAUCCUUCUGCCAGAAAAAUAUUAAGGAGGGUUUCUGCAUUCGACUCCAACGACUCCAACUCAGAAGACUCAAGCUUUUUGGAAGCACAACGGGAUGCCACCGAUUCCAAAGCCUUCAUGCGUUACUACCAUGUAUUUCGGGAAGGUGAGCUCUCCAGCCUGCUGCAGGAGAGUGUGUCUGAGCUACAGGUUCUGAGCUCCGGCAAUGACCAUGGUAACUGGUGCAUCAUUGCAGAGAAAAAGAGGAGCUGGGAUUAAACGACACGGCUCAAGGCAGAGGCUACGGUGGUGGCCUAUCAUCUGUUCAACGGGGCUGGUGUGGGUACCAGAAGCAGCAUCCUGUUUCAUUGUUUUCAAAUCCAGGUACGAGUUGGUACUUAAGCACUUUGACCGCAUCUUCCUAAUUGUUGAGUAAGCACGAAGUCUGACACGUACUGCAUCUGCUACAGGAUCUGCCUGCUGAAGUUUCAAUAAGAGAAUCUGAGGAAGCAAUAGGAACUGAACUUUAAGUAUAGGCUUGAUCUUCUUCCUCCCAGUGAUGAAAUUAUUAUAAUAUGUGUAUGUCAAGCGUCAGUAUUAUCUUUUGGUUUUUAAAUAUUCUGCUGUUAAGUAUACCCUUUAAAAGCAGUUUGUUUGUUUGUUUGUUUGUUUGUUUUAAAUAAAUUGCAUUGGUUCUCAGGUAAUUACUUAGACCUCUGUGGAAGGAACAAGGACACCUGUUCUGUGGCUGGGUGUGUUUGAGACUUGCUGUGGGGGUGUCUUGUUUCCUGACUUUGUUGCUAACUACGUCAAGCCUUCUAAUAUUGCCCAGAUGUUCUAAAUUACAUGCAAACAUCGUUUGGGAUGAGCAGUGUUAAUAAUACUGUCUUCAGUGUUGCUCUGAAGCUUCUUAAAGGCGCUGUUAGCAGAGGGUUAGUGUUAGAGCAGCCAGCUCGAAUGCCGCAGAAUCAGCAUAUAUCCACAGUACCACAGAUAGAAUUUAAAAAAAAUAAUAAUAAACACACUGUUAGCAUGUAGAGAGUGUUACAUGGGUAGGAGAUGUUCUGUCCUCUGGUGACAUUUUCUCCAAAGGUAUUAGGAGCAUAAAUAGCCAAGUGAGGUUGUGCCAAAAUUACCCAAAGAGUUUUCAACUAGGAAAUGCUCAUCAGUUAUCGGAGUCUAAUUGGAGCUGUUUUACUUUGCCUGUGGGGACAGAUCUGGAAAGUGUCAUGUAUUUAGCCUUAGUGGACACAUAAUUGGGACUUGCAGUUGCAUGCCAUGGCAUUUAUUCCCUUGAAGGUAACUGCAUUAGAUCGUUAUAUCAACAAUCUGGACAGAAUCGAAGCUUAGUCACAGGUUGAAUUUCUGCUAGUCUAUAGUGCAAUGAUUCAUCUGGGCAUUGUAACAAAAUCCAUGCCUUUUUUUUUUUUAAGACUAAACCACGACUGUGAUUAAUUCUAUGUUGUGGAUCCCAAGGAACAAUUAUGAAGGAACAAGAGACUAGGCCCGGGAGAAACAAAAAUAAGUUGGCCACGGAAUAUGGUUCCAGAUAAUUCGUUAACAAGCAGAAAAUCAAAUAGUCAUUGUGCUUUCUGGACCAAUAUAAUGAUGGAGAUUAGAUUAAAAUCCAAUCUUCAUUUUAUUUUUUCUCCCACUACAAAAUUAACAAAAAUUGUAAUGGAUCAUAUAUUUAUUUGGUUGUUUAUCCUCUUCAGAGAUUUUGUGGGAGCGUAACAAAAAGGAAGCUACUUUUGAAGACAAAUUCAAAGGUGAUUUGAAAAAUGCAACAAUGUGUCUUUUAAACUUUAAAAGUGUAUAGCUCCUGAAGUUCUUCAAGUCAAAUUUCCAUCUCCUCACCCCUGUGGUGGGAGUGGUAGGCAUGUCUUAUAAUUUUUUGUGUACAUUUUGUACAGGGAGACAUGAAAAUAGACACAGGGGUGAAGUAUAAGUUAAAAUCUACUGUACCUUUUACUUUUCCAAGUGAAAAUAUUAAACUGUAUGUGCAGUGGCUUCCUGGGAGAAAUGGUGACUCUGAAUUAGUUAGCAGUGAUGACCUCUUUAUUAUGGUUUCCCCCUUCUCUGAGAUCUAUGCCACUUUCACGUGGCUUUGCUGCCAGACGUCUGAGCCUGACAUCACCCUGAUUGAAAUGUGCUACUUAAAGCUUGUUAUAUGGAACCCAGUUCAUUAGGCUGUGCCAGGAUGCUGUACCAGCUAAGAACAAGCUCAAAAAAUAAACACACACCUCAUUUUGUAUUUAAA